ACGACUUCUUCCAUCACUUCACACGACUUUCAUCAAUAUCUUGUACCACUUCGCAUCAUUUUGUAAACAAUUCAGUCCAGAAACUAUUCGACUUCCGAUAAACUCUAGGCGCAAUGCGAUUCUCUACCGUCACCGCCUGCCUGACUGCCUGCUUGGCGCCAGCAGCGGCUCUGAGCGUUCUCAAUGGCAAGGCUCCCGAACUCACCAUCAGCGACGACCUCAAGAUUCCUGGCGAUUCUCCUCUCGAGUUUUGCCCCGGAGAUCACGCAGCCGAUCUUAUCAAGAUCGACCGCGUUGAUUUGGCUCCCAACCCUCCCAAGGCUGGCCAGGAACUCUUGAUCAAGGCCAAGGGAUCAGUUAAGCAGAAGAUUGAAGAGGGCGCUUACGUUCUCUUGACUGUCAAGUAUGGUCUCAUCCGCCUCAUCAGCACCAAGGCCGAUCUCUGCGAGCAGAUUGGUAACGUUGACCUCAAGUGUCCCGUCGAAAAGGGCGAGGUCGAGGUUGUUAAGACCGUAGACCUUCCUGCUGAGAUUCCUUCUGGCAAAUACACUGUGCUGGCCGAUGUUUUCACUGCCGACGAUGUACAAAUCACAUGUUUGACGGCAACUGUCGCCUUCUCUCGUAGCAGCAAGGGUUUCUUUGGCAGCGAUCUGUGAUUGGGAUUAUGGCGCACGCAACAUACGCAUGAUGGCAUGACUUACAGCUGGGCACGUUUUCAUUGAUUUCUUUGUUGACGUUGGUUUUUGGGUGAAUUUAUAGCUCAAGUAGAGCAUACUGCAGCGGCUUUCGAAUCUAUUUAGCAUACUUGAUAAACGAGUCCAUCGCGUUGUACUCCACCUCAUCCCACUGUAUAAGCAUAGGUCGCCCUACAGUCCUGCACAACGUGAACAAGUCG